AUGGAGGACGCCUCCUGUCCAUUUGUCCACCACGCUGGAAAUAAUUUUCCAGAGAAAGCAUCAUCAUUUUUAUUUGUGAAUAAAAAUGCGUUGUCAGGUAAAUUGACACGAAGUGAUACGAUUGAUGAGAAGGUCAACAUCCUCAGUCAUGUCCAACAACGGCGCCGCCAAAGAGCAGAGAAAGUAAUCAAGUCUACUCUGGGUUGGGAAAAGUCUGGUUUAUCUGUUAUUGCAACUAGUAAAGAGCAGACUGCAAGCAAGUCGAAUGCACAACACGUGCCGACUGUUCAAAAAUCGACCAAGGAUCUCCUACGAAUCUAUCCCAUGGACAAUGCAACAGAUCCUUUCCAUAGUACUAUUGUUGGGACAGAGGCUCAAAUGUGGACUAAAAUCCCGACUAGGUGCGCUAGUAUUUUGAAGACAGUCAAUCAUGGUAGGGAGGCAUCUCGUAUACAUUUACAAGCAAUGAUCGAGCUGGUUAAGAGCAUAGGCGGAUGGCAUAAAAUAGAUGCUUAUGUUCUGGAAAGCAUGAUAUUGGUCGACAAAUUCUCAGCCAUGAUCGAUAUGACACAUCCGAUCUUGCCUAUGACAUGGGUGCCAGAGCCUUUGAUUCAGUAUAACCCUGAAUACCAACAUUCAGAAACAGCCGACAAUCUUCGCCGGUUAGGGGGGAAUUUCGUCCCAAUGACGGUGUAUUAUGAGCUUGCCAAAACUCUCCAGGAUAUUGCCGACUUUUGCCGAAUAGCACAAUGGAUCUGGAGUCGCCAGGAUGUGAGUUCAAAGGAUGAAAGUGACAUGUUUCUACAUCUGCAGUCCCUCAACUAUCGUUUACUUUUGCUUGACAAGCUAUCGAGUACCGAAAACUGUAUUCGCCUUGCGGCGCUGGUCUUUCUACAGAAUAUCAUACAUUACCAGGGAGCCCAGCUGUCUGCGAUUCUCGUUAUACGGCAUCUCAAGAACGCGCUUAGCGAGGUAUCACCACAUAUUCAGCAUUCAUGGGACGACGAAUGCAUGCUCUGGAUAUUAUGUACAGGUGCAAUGGCCACAGAAGCUACCGAUGAAAGAGAGUGGUUUCUAGCAAGAACUGCCUAUAUGUCUAAAAAUUUGUCAGUAGAUCUGGGAGGACUAGCGUUUCGAGAACUUCUUGAAGGAUACUUAUUUAUCUGGGAAAAGCAGGAUUAUCAACUAUCUGCAAUGCUUGAAAAUCUUUGCUUUGCGAUGGAUGACGCGUGA